AUGGUAAAUGGUAGCUGAAUAACUGCAGCUGCAGAAGAGCUGGAGUUUGGAGUUUGUACGAAUGGCUGAGGAGAUGUUUCAGAAGGAUGAAACUCUGAGAAUGAGGAAAAGGCUGAUCGGACAGUCCUGCAGGCUGUUCUUCUCUGAUGACCCGGUGAAGAUAGUGAGAGCUCGAGGACAGUACCUGUAUGAUGAGAAUGGGGUUCAGUACCUGGACUGUAUUAGUAAUGUUCAGCACGUGGGUCACUGCCAUCCUGCUGUUACUCAGGCUGCUGCUGCUCAGAUGGAUCUUCUUAAUGCAAACACCAGAUUCCUCCAUGAUAAUAUAGUGCAUUAUGCAGACAGACUCGCCGCUACUCUGCCCAAGAAGCUCUCUGUCUUUUACUUCGUCAACUCAGGCUCUGAAGCGAAUGAUCUUGCCUUGCGAUUGGCUCGUCAGUACACUGGAAACAAGGAUGUUAUAGUUUUAGACCAUGCGUAUCACGGCCAUCUCUCCAGUCUAAUCGACAUAAGUCCCUACAAGUUCCGGAAGUUGGAGGGUCAGAAAGACUGGGUUCACGUGGCUCCACUCGCUGAUACAUACAGAGGCCUUUACAGACACGACCACCCCGAUCCAGCUCAGGCCUACGCAGAUACUGUGAAGAACCUUAUUGAUGACAUGCACAGCAAGGGACGUAAGAUUUCAUCUUUCUUUGUGGAGUCUUUACCCAGUGUUGGUGGGCAGAUCAUCUUCCCACGUGGAUACUUUACAAAGGUUGCAGAGUACGUUCGAGCAGCAGGGGGAGUGUUUGUAGCUGAUGAAAUUCAGACCGGAUUUGGUCGAGUUGGAAGCCACUACUGGGCCUUUCAGCUCCAGGGAGAGGAUUUCUGUCCUGAUAUUGUGACGAUGGGCAAACCCAUGGGAAACGGGCAUCCGCUGGCAUGUGUGGUCACCUCCGAGGAGAUAGCUGGAGCCUUCACAGCUAACGGAGUGGAGUACUUCAACACUUUUGGAGGAAACCCGGUGUCAUGUGCGAUUGGUCUGGCAGUGUUAGAUGUGAUUGAGAAAGAGGAUCUGAGAGGAAACGCAGUUCGAGUUGGGAAUCACCUGAAGGAUCUCCUCAAACAGCUCCAGAUCAAACACCCAAUCAUCGGAGACGUACGUGGUGCGGGGCUGUUUGUGGGGUUUGAAUUGGUUAAAGAUAGAGUGGAUUUAACUCCUGCGACCGAGGAGGCAGCGCUGCUCAUUAGGAGGAUGAAGGAGAAGUAUAUAUGUUUGAGUACGGAUGGACCGUGGGAGAACGUCGUCAAAUUCAAGCCCCCCAUGUGCUUCAGAAUGGAGGACGCUGAACGAGUCACUGAGGAAAUCGAUCUUGUUCUUAGAGAAAUCCAGGAUGCCUCCCUACAGAAAUGAUGAUGGUUAGUAGUGAAUUUAGGAACUGGAAAAAAGCCGGGCAACAUUUCCAACAUUUUAGGUUUUGCCAAAAAAUGUUGCUCAGUCAUUUGAGAUCAAUAGUUUUCUGCAUACUGAAAACCAAUGAACAUUUCUGCUGUGUUUGGGGAACAUUUUAG